AGAAGCACCUGGGGCUCAGAUCCCCACAGAUGCCUAUCUGGAAGCAGGAGCAUGAACUUGGUAUGCUGGUGAUCAAGAGCAACCUGAGGCUAGAGGCCAUUUAAUCUUAGUCUUCACUACAGAUAAAGUGUGGACAAUUGUUAAGGAACAGAUGAGCAGCUUGAUGAAGAGUUAGGCACCGCAAGAAAGGAUGGUACUUGGGGUUUUAUUCAUCUACAUUCCUGCCCCAUGUCUUCACCAAUCUGGAAGCUCUGCUAAUGCUGUGAGACGGGCACAAUUGACAAAAUCAUUCUCCACUGCUGAUCAACUCAGACUUCAUCCCCUUGAGGUCAAAGCCGUGUCAGGUGUUGAAGAGAAAGGAUCCAUUGACCUGCAGAGAAAGCAGGGGCCUCACUGGCUACAUUGACACCAGCUCUGGAAAGAAAAUAGGAACUUGGUAUGUUCCUUGAAUGAAGAAGCACCAUGGCCAGAUUCUUACAGACCCUGCUGUUCCUGGUGAUCAUGGUGGAGUUUGUAUCUAGAAGAGUCGAAGCCUGGGGCUCCCCACAGAUUGUGAGGCCAUUCGAAGACAUCCCCAAAUCCUAUGUCUAUGUGCAGCAUGCACUCUGGUAUGCCAUGAAAGAAUAUAACAAGGCCAGCAAUGACCUCUACAACUUCAGGGUGGUGGAUAUCCUAAAAUCUCAGGAGCAGAUCACAGACAGUCUGGAGUAUUAUCUUGAAGUAAACAUUGCCCGAACAAUGUGCAAGAAGAUUGCAGGAGAUAAUGAAAACUGCUUGUUUCAACAGGAUCCUAAAAUGAAAAAGAUGGUGUUUUGCAUUUUUAUUGUUAGCUCCAAACCAUGGAAGUUUGAACUUAAAAUGCUGAAGAAGCAAUGCAAAGAUAUCUAAUCAGCAUUCGGGACACCUUGCCACUCUUACUUUUCUUUUAACUGAAUAAAGAUGCUUGUAAGAUAGUGGACCACCA